AUGAGCAGGUUACCCAUCGCCGAUGAGCUGUUCAUCAGGUUUGGUGUUCACAAGUACCACGUCAUGCACAUGAGACAACCAACCGUUCGAGAGCCGGCCCAUAACCAAGUGAGGCCCAUGAUGAAAGGUUUCGUCGAGGAAGUCCAGGAGAAGAUGAUCAUCCUUGUCCGUCAAAACUACCUGACGUUGAUUCGUCCUGUCAUUACCUACGCUUGUGGAGCUUGGUCCAUCAAGCAGCGCAAGUGCGUCAGCACACGUCUGAACUUUGGCCUCAGCACCAAGGUGAUUGACCGGAAUGAUAGCACCAUUGGAUUCAAGCGUGGCAUUGUGUGCAUCCUCCGCCAAAUUAGCUCGAAGAAUACAUCCGAGAUAUCUAAAGCUACCAAUGAGGUUCUUCCGGGGUUGACAGAUUCGGCUUCACCUGAAGAGCUUUUCGAUAUGUAG